AUGCCGCCUAAAGUAAAACAGAUUGACGACGACAUUCAAAACCAGCUUCAAUGUCAAUUGGAACAACAGCAACGCCUGAUGGAGGAGAUGAGGGGCGAGCUGGAUCGUUUACGGGCUGAGCGAAAAAGUACAUCGCAGGAGAACGAAAUUCUUCGCCGUCAAGUCGUUCAACUAGAAAAAGCGAAUAAACAGGCACAUCAGAACGCGUUACGUAGUGUGAGUAACCAUGACAAGGCUAAGCAAAGCCAAAGUGAUAAGAGUAACAAUCAAAAUAGUAGCUCAAAGAAAAGUAAAGUCUCGAAUAUUAAUCAAAAUAAUGACUCACUCGGCACGCGUAAUCCUGAACAAUGUGAAAAUGGCCUUCAGUUUAACAAUAACGAUUUAAUUAACGGUAUUUUGAAGCAAUUUCAAGCUUUACAAGUUAAUUUAGUUUUGCCUAUAUUUGAUCCGGACCGUUCUAACCCGGUUGAAUUCGUAAGAAACUUUGAAAAAUAUUGUAUUCGAAAAAAUAUUUCAGAAGCAGAUCGAUUAUUAGUAAUUGAAGAUGCGCUGCAAGGGGCAGCAAAAAUAUGGUUCGAUGCAAUUACUAUUCCCUUUGCGAAUUAUACCGAAUUUAAAGAAUUAUUUUUGAAAGAAUUUUUUUCAUUAGAAGUUCGUAUGCACGUAAAAAGCGAAUGGGAAAAUAAACGGUUUAAUAAUACUGAUAAAUCCUUGCAAGUGUAUUAUAAUCAGCAAGUUAAAGUCGCGAAAUUGGCUGUACCUAAAAUGGAAAAAUAUGAAAUAAAUUUUAUAAUAAUCGGUCAAUUUCCGCCACACGUGCGUGACAUUUUGUCAACAAUUGACUACGCUGAUAGUGAGAGAAUUUCUAAGGCACUCGCUCGGCUUGAUCUGUCAGGGGGUUGGAAUAGAUUCAAAAAUAAUUAUAAUUCAAGAAAUAAUUCGGAAGCCGCGAUGGGAACGAAUAAAGCCUCUGGUCAUUUUAGUAAACCGGAUUCGCGAGAGGGAACAAUAGGUUCGCAUCGUGAUAAUAAUGACAAUAAACCAAAAGAUUCGAACGAGGGAUUUCGCAAAAACUUGCCGAAUAAUAAUUGGCGGAAUCAUAAUAAUCAAGGUCAAAGAUCGAAUGGUCCACAGCGUCAAUUCGGGGAAAGUUCUGCAGCAAAGUACCAGAAUACACGCGAUAAUGGAGCCAAUGAUCCGAUGACUCGGCCUAGUACGUCAACUAAUAAUAAUAAUAAUAAUACGGCGAGUAAUAGCGCAAAUGUUCGAACAAUUCAGCUGACGAAAAAGAAUGAAUUCGUAGAAACUCUCGUGUGGGACGUAGAAGCACCGGUCGAAAAUAUUCGUGAAUUUGGAAUGCAUAUUAGUAGUCCGAGAAUUUUGAUAAUGAUAAGUGAUACGGAAUAUAGCAUGUUGUUAGAUUCAGGAAGCGAGGUUUCCCUUUUUUGGUCAUUCCCGGACUAG